AUGUCUUUCCGAGACAGAUCCACGCUGAGCAUGACUCCCCGUAAAACGGUGGAGACUCAGGGAACUCCCAUUGGCCGUAAUGCUGGUGCGACGCGGUCGCGGUCCAACUCGCCUCAGAAGAGAACAAUAAACACAGUUCAGCCUGGAAAUGUCAAGGUAGUUGCCCGAUUUCGGCCAGAAAAUGAGUCAGAGAAGUUUCACGGGUCUUCCAAGAUUGUGCGAGUUGUUGAUUCUUCAACGGUGGCAUUGGAUGUUACUCCGGCUGUUGGUUCGUUCUCCUUUGAUAGGGUCUUUGAUGAGACAUGCAACCAGAAUACAAUCUUCGAAUACUCAAUCAAGGAGACAAUCGAUAGUCUGUUUCAAGGCUAUAAUGGAACUGUAAUUGCAUAUGGCCAGACUGGAUCUGGAAAAUCUUACACCAUGAUGGGCCCCGUUGACGGGGAUCCUGAAGCCAAAGGCAUGAUUCCGCGGAUCGCUGACCAGAUUUUUGACGACAUAGCCAAAAGUUCUUCCGAUAAGGAGUUCACCGUGGGCAUAUCAUAUCUGGAGAUCUAUAUGGAACAAUUGCGCGACCUUUUGAGCGAAGAGGCUUCUGAUUUGGCCAUCCAUGAAUCCAGAACUGGUGAGGUUUACGUAAAGGGUCUCACCAAUAGGUAUAUCUCGGGAAAAGAUGAACUUUAUGAGGCGAUGAAAGCGGGCGCUGCUGCAAGGAUUGUCUCUAGCACUGAUAUGAACGACGAAUCAUCAAGAUCGCAUGCCAUAUUCCAGAUAUCGCUCACUCAGCAGUCUUCUGCCACUGGCAUGGUUAAGAAGGGAACGCUUUUUCUGGUGGAUCUGGCAGGAUCAGAAAAGGCGACCAAGACCGGUGCUUCAGGACAGACGCUUGAAGAGGCCAAAAAGAUCAACAGCUCGCUGUCGGCUCUGGGAAACGUGAUCAACGCCUUGACCGACGGCUCCAGACAUGUGCCCUAUCGGAAUUCUAAACUAACGCGAAUUCUCCAAGAGUCUCUUGGAGGAAAUUCAUGCACUACACUGAUUGUGAAUUGUUCCCCAUCGUCGAUCCAGGAACAGGAGACGCUUUCCAGUUUGAGAUUUGGUGUUCGUGCAAAAAGAAUCAAGAACAACGUCCAUGUGAACGCAGAGCUGAGUGCAGGCCAGCUCAAGACACGUCUUCAGGAGGAACAGAAUGAAAAUGCAAAGAACAGGGCAAGAAUUGCUGCACUUGAACAAGAGCUUGCUGCUCAUAAGUACAAGAACGAGGACGGAGGUGUAGAGCUUCCAGUGGUGCCCAUAUUUGACUACGAUGAUAGAUCGAUAAUCAUAGAUGACGACAAGAGCGAGAAUGAGAUAACUCGUCUGAAUGCUGUUGUGAAGGAACUGAGUAUCACAAACAAGAUUUUGCUGUCAGAUCUGGAGUCUCGAUGCACCAAGAUAGUUGAGCUAGAACUGGAAAACGACCGUUUGAAGGACCAGAUUGGGUCACCAGAUACUGAGAGUUACACCCAGUUGGACCAGACAAUUGCAAAACUUUCCUUAAAAAUCAAAGAUAUGGAGAUUCAGAAUCAGGGUCUCCGAAAAGACAUUGCUGUGGCUCAGAAUUUCAGCGAAACCAGGAGCGAAAGGGUCAAAGAGCUGGAAUCGCAGCUCUACGAUCAGAGCAGGAUACUCCAGCGUGAUGCCUACACGUUUGAAGAGCGCUUGGGGUAUUUGAAAAGCAGGUUGACUGCUGUAAAGAGUGCCAGUUUUGGAACCGUUCCAGGGCCUCUUCAGGACACCACCAAUAAUGCAGGCCAUUCCUACACCCCUCCACAGCCAAUUACGCCUGCGGAUAUUAGUGUUGCCAAGCAGGCUAGGAACAAGGUUGGACUGAAUUUGAGAAUACUGAAGCCGCUGAGAGGCGGGAAUGAGAACCCGAACUAG